UACUACCAGGGAGACAUCAGCAGCGUGGUGGACGAGCACUUCUCCAGAGCUCUGAGCUCUUACAUAGAGGGAGAUGGGAAGAGACGCGCCACAGAGCUGGGAGCAGAAAGCCUCUCCCCGGGUCGACGUAGCUUCCCCCCCUCGUUCUGGGACAGUAACUACUCCCCUCCAGUGAGUCAUUCAGAGGGGACAGCAUACCCUGUGGAACCGUACUCUCUGCACCCGGGUCUACCCCCUGCACACGGCCCAGAGUCCUGGGCUUACUCACCAAGCCAGACAUACCCCCACCCCCGCCCCUUGCAUGAACUCUACCCCCCCACGGGCCUGGAGCCCCGCUACAGCCCGCUGCUCAUGCCAGCCAUGCGCCCCACUCGGAUAGCCACUCUUCCCGGGCAUUACAACAUCACCAAACUGGAACCAGUGCCCUCCUGGCACAGUGUCCUGCCAGCCAGCGAUGCCACCCAGACACUCACUUUAAACAUCGAUGCAGGACUUCAGCACCACAAGAAAAACAAAGAACUGUACUGGUUUUAGAGCCUGUUCUAGUUUUUCUGUUUGAGUCUGUGUUAUCUUCUGGAUGACAAUGGCUGCAGUUAAGCGUUUGCCCUUAUCUUUGGUUCAAGAUCGGAUUUGUCUUUAUCUUCAAUCAACAUUUGCACCACAGAACAAACAGAAAGGGUGGCUUUGAAUGCAGAGAAGUCUUGUGAUUGAUGUUCGUUUUCUGGGUGUGCAGUGUUUAUCUGCCAAGAACUGUUGCGAACCGGGCAAGCUGAAUGACUGGCAUUUUUGUGGCGUGCCACUAUGGAUGAAAGAUGGGAAAAAGAGACGGAUUUGUUUUAGUUUUCCAAUGACGUUACUAUAGAGUAAUUAUAAAUAUUAUAUGGAAUGUAUUUAUCUGUAUCUUGCAAAGACUUUUUUUUUUAUAUUUGCAAAAAUAAAUGCUGCAAAAAGCAUUGAAAUGAACCUUGGAAGGACAUUUUAAUGAUUAUCUUUGUAAGAUUAAUACACAACAUCCUUCAGUUACUGGUGAUUUCAUGGGUUUUAAUGAUUAUAUUUAGGACACCCGAUUACAACAAUGGUUGCAAACCUAAUUGCAAAAAUGAAGCAAAGCGCUGGUUCAGGCAGGGAACUCACUUUUAAUCAGUUAAUCAAAUCAAGAUUAUUAAGUGUUGAUAACCAGGCAGUUGUCAAUUGAACCAGCAGUACCUUAUUGCUAACAACAUAAUUGCUUGCCCAAUGAUGGCCAGAGAAAGCACUCAGAUCUUACCUGAGCCAUUACCUCCCUGCUGUGAGUUAGCUUGCCUUCUCCUCCUCAGCCUCCACCUGAUUUUUUGCUUCAUAUAACGGGGAGGUAUUAGCUAUCUGCCCCCUGCCUGUGGCUUUCCUACAGACAGCCUCUCCACUUAUCAGUGGAAAAUGUAUUGGUAGGGGUUCCCUGAGGUGAGGCCAAAGGCCAGAGAUGUAUUAUAUGUUAAAUGUGUUAUCCAAUAACUUAUAAUAUGCAUAAAAGUGUGUCGUGUCUAAUCUGUAAUAAAUAUUGAAUCUAUCACAUGACUGCAGUUCACUGACUGAACUGCUUACA